AUGUUUAAACACAGCACAGCUAUUCUCUCGAGGACAAUCUCAGCAAGAUCUCCUAAAUUAAUCCUGAGAACGUUUACAACAAAGGUCCCAAAGAUCUAUACUUUUGAACAGGUCAAGAACCUAGUAGAACACCCUAAUGAUAAGAAGCUAUUAGUAGAUGUGAGGGAACCCAAGGAAGUAAAGGAUUACAAGAUGCCAACGACAAUAAAUAUUCCGGUAAAUAGUGCUCCUGGCGCUCUUGGAUUGCCCGAAAAGGAGUUCCACAAAGUUUUUCAGUUCGAUAAACCUCCUCAGGAUAGGGAAUUGAUUUUCCUUUGUGCAAAGGGGGUAAGAGCCAAGACUGCUGAAGAGUUGGCUCGAUCAUAUGGGUACGAAAACACCGGUAUUUAUCCUGGUUCCAUUACUGAAUGGCUAGCUAAAGGUGGUGCUGAUGUCAAGCCCAAAAAAUAG